UUGGCAGUCUUUUUGCAGCUUUUGAUGUGAAAACUACAAAACAAAGUGCUCCGUAGUAAACGUUGAAAAUAAUUGUUUUCUAUCAAAGAGUGCAUAGGAAAAACACCCUGAAGUGUUAGUGGAAGCCCAAGGGCUAAAUUUAGUGUGAAAAUCCUGCUGAAAAAUAUGCCACGCAGUGAUUUUUGAGAGCAAGAGAAAAAUAUGGAGUGAGUGGAAAAGUGCUGGAAAUCACAGUGAAAUUGCCAAUUUGUCUGGAAAGGGCCCUGGAAAGAUUGGUAAAUCCAGGCCGUGUUGAAGAUGCUGGUUAUUGACUCGGCCAAUUGAGCCCAAUUUGAGGCUGAAGCAGCUAAUUGGUCACUUCCGGAGACUCCGCAAUGGCUUCAGAAGCAACUAGCUCCAGCUCCUCCUCCCACAAUGGGCCCCCUGGAGCUCCACAGCAUCGGAAAUUUGCAGAUUACUUUGUGAUUUGUGGUCUGGAUCUUGAUACGGGGCUCGAACCAGAUAGAUUCUCAGGCGACAGUUUGCACUGUUCUCCACUGGAUCGAGCCUACAAGAGCAAACCCUUGGCUCAUUAUCCGGAAAAUGUUCCAUGGAAUCCCUUCGACAGUCAUGGUAUCUGCAUGCUUUCUCUCCCGCAAGGUCUUAAGUUUCGCACUCAAAAGCACAACAUUGAGCCAAAAUUUCAUGCUUUCGCGACGACCCGGGAGGAUGGAAAGAGAUGCUAUGGGUUCAGCCUGGUUUUCUAUGAGGAGGUACGGAAUAGAAAUAUCUGCAGUGCAAUGCAUACUCUCCAAUCAAUGUUCAUCACUGAACUGUCGAGUCGCCAGAAUGGCCCAGGAUUGAGACGAGUGAAAGAAAAUCCAGCCAGCAGAUCUCUGCCUAGGCAUUUCAAAUUGGCAGCUCAUGCUCCAAACUCAGCCCUCAGUUACUAUGACAUCACCAAGGACAAACUCUAUGUGGCCAAAAGUAUCUCACUGAUUUGUCAAAUGGCGUACGUUAAUGUUGCUGAAGUCUUUCUCAAGAAUCUCUACAAGUGUCUUCCACGCCAACCAGGUCCAGGAUUGAGCCUCGAGAGCUAUGUCUACAACAUUCUCCAUGAAGUGUCAAUUCCCGAUCCCGGACGUUCAAUCCGCAUCUACCUGCCACCUGAAGAAUCUCACCAAUCACCCCUUCCGACUCUGCUGCAGUGUCCAAAUGUCCACGAUGAACUGCCCCUGAUGGACUUUCCCACCCGUUUGAUGUUCAGCUAUUUGGGCAUUGAAUGUGUUAUUCAGCUGUUCACGUGUGUCCUGCUGGAAAAUCAAGUUCUUCUUCGAUCUGCUGACUACAACAAGUUAAUGGUUGUGGCUGAAUGCAUCACGAAUCUCCUUUUUCCAUUUACUUGGCCCCAUGUUUAUGCUCCUAUCCUUCCGGCGUCUCUCUAUCACUUUCUGGAUGCACCGGUACCCUUUGUAAUGGGUCUCCAUGCUGAUGCAGAGACAAACAUGAAGAUUGGCACCGAGGCUACUCUAUGCUACGUGGACAUUGACAGGAAGAUUAUUCAGUUGCCGGAAGAGUUACCAAGUUUCCCUCAUCGAGCUGAUUUUGUGAUGGAACUGGCGGCUGUUCUGGAUAAAUUCCAAGUUCCCAGGGACAAAACAGCUGAACAGUCGACCAUAAUACAAGUUCCCCCGAGGCGCUCAGAUCAAGAUCCAAUGACAGCCAGUUGUACCCUUCCGUCUGGGAUGCAUGUCAGACGGAAGCAUUCCCUCCAUGACAUUCUUGACUGGGAUAGAUCAGCCUCUCCGGAACCCCAACAACCUCCUGGUUCUCCCUCAAAUGGACCCAGAUCAGAGGCUCUGCAGAAAAUUGUGGACAUUGUCCGAAGGAGCGGUGUUAGCCUCGAUGAGGUGGAUUUUAGGGCAGAUAUAAUGCCACCAAGCACUAGAAAAACCCCAGUAACUCCUCAGGAGCAGUACUGCGAUGAUUUGAGGCUCAAUAAUGCCAUCCGGGAGAUAUUCCUGAACAGAUUCGUGCAGAUGUUCUCAGCCUAUGAGCAAUUUGUGAUUCAGCCGAAUCAAGGCAGGGAAGAAUGGCUGAGCAAUAGGGAGUCACUGCAGAACUUUGAUAAGGCAUCCUUCCUUUCGGACCAGCCACAGCAUCACCGUCCAUUCCUCUCCAGAUUCCUGGAGUCACAGAUGUUUGCCACACUCAUUGACAAUAAAAUUAUGUCGGCUUGGACGGUGGAGGGUGAAGAGGUGGAUCACAAUCUCAAACUCUUUGAUGACCGCAUCAAGUUACUCAGGAAACGUUUUGGGGGAGAAAGCAUCAUUCGUACAUCAAAUUAUGAGCCAUGUAUCUCGGCCAGAGAGACGCUGAAGAUAUUGGAGAAGAGGCUUAACAGUGUUGAUAUGGAAGUUGCUCCUCCCAGUGAAAUUCUUCCCAAUCGUCCAGCCUACUUUCGCAGUUUUCCCAUUCUCGAUAAGUCUGUGCUCAAUCAGGAAUCCGCCUCGAGGGGGAAUAGCUUGAGACGUGUGAAAAAUGGGGCAAAAUGGAGAGUGAAAGAAAUUUCACUGGAAGGGAAACCGCCGGAAAUUCCGAGUUCCAAUCGACAGCCAGCGAGCCUCACCACAAAUGAAAUGAAUCCCACCCUCUUGGCUCAAGCUAAUUGGACGUUUGUGGAGAAGCUACUCAAGGACUGCAAGAGCAAGACAAAGAGGAUGUUGCUAGAGAAAAUGGGCAGUGAAGCAGUUGAAUUGGGUCUAAGUGGUGAGGUUUCGGUGAAUGGAGUUGAGGAAAAUACUUUGAUUGCUUCAUUAUGUGACCUUUUGGAGAAGAUUUGGUCCCAUGGAAUGCAAAAUAAGCAGGGGAAGAGUGCACUUUGGAAUCAUCUUCAGUCAUAUCUGGAGAUUCAAGAGUGUACUAAUACGUCCAAGCCUAUUGACAACAACUACCUCACUCCAGCUCUGGCUUGGUGCGUUCUCAGGAAAAGAAUGGACUAUCUCUCGACAAUGGCAAUUGAACCUGAGGCUCCUCCGAGUCCAACAAGGGGUAGAUCAAAGUCAAGGGACCGCAAGAGUUUGGGUCCUGAACAACUAAGACCACUGCCAGAGUCACUAGAAGUUGACAUUAAGAAUAUCCUUGCAAUGACUGAUGUUAAAACACAUAUUGGAUAUGCAAGGGCUUUUGUGAGACUGUCACUUGAAAAGAAGCUUCUCUCGAGGCAUCUCAGGGCACUUUUGGCGGAUACGGCUCUCCUGAGGUCACUGUACAAGAGAUCGGCUUUCUUGAGGUGCGAAGAAGAGAAGGAACAGUUUCUCUAUCAUCUACUUACGCUAAAUGCUGUGGAUUAUUUUUGCUUCACGAACACCUAUCCGACCACAAAACUUCCAUAUCGCGUGGUGAUCUUCCCAUCGAAAAGGACUGGCUCAGCCAAUACAUCUGCCAAUGUCUGGGUGGCCAUUUCGGGAAAUAAUGGCGAAACUCAGCAAGUAUCUGUGCCAAGGGGAACUCUUGAAUUUGUCUUCCACCACAAGAAUCUUGGAGUUUUGACAACUCUGCGAAUUGGCCAUGAUAAUUCGGGAUUGUCGCCCAAAUGGAUGGUUGAGCAUGUUGUGGUUAGGAAUGAGGUAACAGGACAUACUUACAAGUUCCCAUGCGGAAGAUGGCUUGGGCGUGGUGUGGAUGAUGGUUCCACUGAGAGAUUGCUAGUUGGGCAACUUGUACCCCGAUCAGUGGACAAUGAUGAGCUAAUUGAGGCCUGUAGGACUCCACCGCGUGCCAGGAGUCCAAGUAUUCACCGUCCUGAAGUGAAGCCCUCUGAGAUCCAGCAUUUACUGGGCGAUGCUGUAAAUGCCAUUGUCAAGUGGCACUACAGACCCAGCCGGGAGAGAGAUGCCGGUUCCCUGACGAAUCUCUUGUGUGGAGAAGAGGGCCUGGUCAAAUGUCUGGAGCAGGCUUUUCUCUUUGGGUUUCGCUCAACGAGACUCUUUGGGCGGAAUCUCUAUAUCUGGGACUAUUUUGUGCGAGUUAAGGAGCAAUUUGAGCUGAAUCUCGUGGAGGAGUCUGUGGAGGCGGUUCGAGGGGGCGGAAGUGUUCAGAAUUCUCCACCAACAAAUAGCUCAGGAAGCAGUCCGGAGAGCUCAUUCGGAACACCAUCGACGCCGGCGUCGAGGCAAGAGUUUUCCACCAUUUGGCGAUGUUACUGUCAUCUCAUGGAUGAAAUCAACAAUGUGACCCAGAGUUUGGGAAAGGACGGGAAAUUUCAGCUCUUCAUUUGCCUCAGUCUCAGAGAACAUCUCCUGCACAGGAUGCUGGUGCCAAUUGCUGCCAGUCGAGUCACUCAGGAGAUGUACGAAGAGCAGAGUUUCAUGCGCAAGAAGGGCCUCUUAACAUUCCUUCGGCAAAUUCUUGAGCCUCUCGAUGAGUUUCACAUUGUCUUGGAGAACUCAAUUACCCAGGGCAUCCCAUCGCACUGCUAAGUCCUUCUUUUUUUUCUUCAUUUUGACUUUCUUGCCGAGGAAAAAUUCCUACUGAUGCCAAAGAAUUUUUACUUUGCCUUUUUCUCAGUUGCUUUUAGGUCAAAUUUUAUUUUGGUCAGAGAUUUUUCUUUUUUUUUUUUGUAAUUCAGGGCAGCUGUUUUGUUUUUUAUUUGGGAAGGGCUGAAAAAAAAAAUGGGAGAAAGCUCUGUGCCAAAGAGAUUUACUAAGGGACAUUUCCUUCAGACAUGAUAUAUUUGAAUAUUCCAAGUCUAAUUAAUUAGUAGGUGAUUUUAUCAUUUAAUAAUGUGUCGUUUUAACUGUCCAAUAAAUGAGAAAAAAAAGAAAUAUCUACAUAGUAAUAAAUAAAAAAAAUACUCAGUGGUUAAUUGUGUGAUAAAUGCAAAAAGGCAACAUUCAGUUUGAGAGAUGAUAAAAAUUAUUGUUAUAAAAUUCGUGUAAUUUUGAAGCAUAAAAAAUGCAACAUAAAAAACCAAAAAAAAAGAAUCUUUUCAAAGUCAAACUCCAUCUUACCAAGAUUUACACUGUGUCCAAAGACAACAAAUACUCAUUUCCAUUGAAUAAAUAUUCAUUUUUCUUUUUGA